AUGUCUCCAAAGCCAAUAAUUGCACCUUCGAUCCUGGCCUCUGACUUUGGCAAGCUAGCCUCAGAAUGCCAACGCAUCAUCGGCCAUGGAGCCGAUUGGCUUCAUAUCGAUAUCAUGGAUGGUCACUUUGUGCCUAACAUCACCAUUGGGGCUCCAGUGGUCACAUGCAUUCGUCCGGCGAUUGAGAAGACUGCAGAUGGGAAGGGGAUCUUUGAUUGUCACAUGAUGGUUGCGAAGCCAGAACAAUGGAUCUCAGACUUCGCAAAGGCCGGUGGCGACCUCUACUGCUUCCACUACGAAGCUACCGAAAACCCUCGAGAAUGUAUCAAACUCGUCCACGAUAGCGGAAUGAAGGCCGGAAUUGCCAUUAAACCGGAUACACCCGCAGAUGUUCUUUACUCCAUUCUGGACGAUACAAGCGAUCCGGAUUACUAUCCCGAUAUGGUCCUAGUGAUGACCGUAGAACCCGGUUUCGGCGGCCAGAAGUUCCAGGAGAGGUGUAUGCCCAAAGUCACUGCCCUUCGCGAUAGAUACCCGGAAAUGGACAUCGAAGUCGAUGGAGGAUUGGGUCCCAGUACCAUUGGUGUUGCGGCAGAGGCCGGUGCCAACGUAAUUGUGGCAGGAACUGCGGUCUUUGGUGCACCAGACCCGAAAGAAGUUAUUACAAUCUUGAAGGAGACAGUGCAGAAGAAUGUAGAGCUAUGGAAAGCAAGGAGUAAAGUUUAG